ACACGCACACACACACACAGGGAUGAGAUGUGUGUUGCUAUGAAGGAGUUGGAUCUACAUGACGGACACAGCGGAGACAAGUGGAGUGGAGGAGGAGGAGGAAUCUCUCACACCGGGACGAGAACAUGACUUGAAGAUGAGCUGUCCUCCUCAGAACCCAUCAGAGGAUACAGACCGUCCUCCUGCUCCGGAGGAAUUGGAGUGUAAAAUCUGCUACCACCGCUACAAUGCAGCCAACCGGAAGCCGAAGAUCCUGGACUGCCUGCACCGGGUCUGCGCCCGCUGCCUGGCCAAGAUCCUGGACAUGGCCGACGGGGCGGGCCACGUCCCCUGUCCCUUCUGCAGACACCAGACGGAGAUCCCGGAGUUCUCCGUGUCGGCGCUGCCCGACGACGUCAACAUCGUGUCCCACCUGGCGAUGCAGGAGAAGUCCUGCGGCUCCGACGGGAACAGGGAGGUUCUGCUGACGCCGCGGAGCUUCUCCUCCUCCAGCCCGACCCGGGACUGCCUGGUCAUCACCAUCAUGGAGGUGCAGAGGGACUCGCAGCGCUCGCCCAGCCGACUCGGCAGCUCCGACGUCUACGCCGAGCAGAGCCUGGACUCCGUCUCCAUCGGCUCCAACGGAGCCGCCGACCACGACGCCAUCUCCAAGUUCUGCAACCACGUCCCGCGCAUCCUGGUCUGGCUGCUGGGCUUCCUGUACUUCGGCUCGCUGCCCCUGGGGAUCUACCUGCUGGUGAUCCAGAGGGUGACGCUGGGCAUCGUGUGCGUGAGCUUGGUGCCGUCCAGCCUGACGGUCUGCUUGGUCUACGGUUUCUGCCAGUGUCUUUGUCAGGGCAUGUGCGACUGCUCCUCCAGGGGCUGA